ACUGAUUACACCCUCCAAUUUCUAGUUGCAAAUGUUCCUAUCUUCAACUCUGCUAGUGAUGUUACUGAAGGAGGAUUGAGUUUGAAAUUCAGGCACUGGGCUACUAAAAAGGCAGCAGGAUCCACAAAGAAUGGGCGAGACUCAAAACCAAAGAAUCUUGGGGUGAAGAAGUUUGGUGGAGAGAGAGUGAUUCCUGGGAAUAUCAUUGUUCGCCGAAGAGGAUCCCGCUUCCAUCUAGGAAACUAUGUCGGAAUGAGGAAGGAUCACACCCUCUAUGCUAUGAAGGAAGGUUGUGUCAAGUUUGAACGGCAUAAGUUGAGUGGACGAAAGUGGGUGCAUGUUGAGCCCAAGAAAGGCCAUCUGCUCCACCCUGCCUACUCAAGUGUUGACGCAGUUCCUAAGCAGAAGACCACUACUUAGGUUUC